AUUUUGGAAAGUGUACAGAUUUUGAAAAUGGAAUUUCCUGUUUUCUUCCCCACUAAAUCCUCACAUGCAGCGCGAAGAUUUACUUCUCCCCCAUGCGGUUUAUGGCUAUUGUUGGCAAUCGAAACAGAAAAAGCUCUUCUACCAUAGGCCAGCCUAAUCGGCACGCACAAUCAUCAAAUUGCCUCUCCUUCCAUGUUUCUGCAUCACGGUUCUCUCUGUCGGCUACACCUCUAAAGCAAAAAGCACGUCUCAGCUGUAAGCAGACUCAGGACGGCCACACAUCCGGGAAAAAUUGCGCUGUGGGCAUUCCGGAGAAAAGCUUACUAUGGCGACUACUGACCAUAGCACAAAUUACUUUUGUCAUCAUGGAUUACUGUUACCAAAAUUGGCACAUUCUGAAGAGAGUAUCCAGUUCAGUAUGGCGUUUGAAGUUCAAGAUGAGGAUAUCUUUGCAGUCACUUAUCCUAAGUCUGGCACAACAUGGAUGCAAGAGAUUCUGCCCCUGAUUCUAAAUGGCGGGGACCUGACACCAGUACAGACCAUCCCAAACUGGGAUCGAGUUCCCUGGCUGGAGGAGACCCGCGCUGCCCUGGUUCUGGGCGACCGCCCCCCUCCUCGGGCUAUGGUUUCCCACUGGCCCUACCACCUCAUGCCCCCCUCUUUCUAUACCUCCAAGGCCAAGGUGAUCUACGUCACCCGGAACCCUAAAGACGUUGCCGUUUCAUCCUUUCAUUACCACGGGAUGGCCAGCUUCCUUGAUGAUCCUGGAACCUUUGACCAGUUCCUGGACAAAUUUCUCUCCGGACAGGUAAUGUUUGGCAAGUGGACAGAUCAUGUGAAAAGCUGGAGAAACACAGAUAUUGAAGGCAGAAUCCUCUAUAUGACCUAUGAAGAAAUGGUGCAGGACCUGAGGGCAGCCGUGCUUAGGAUGGCUCAGUUCCUGGGCCAAGAGCUGAGUCCUGACGUCCUGGAGAAGGUGGCCAAUCACUGCCAGUUUAACAACAUGAAGACCAACAUCAUGUCCAACUACUCCCUGGUGCCACAGGACAUCAUGGACAGCAGCAAGUCUCCGUUCUUGCGGAAAGGAACCACAGGAGACUGGAGAAACCAUUUCAAUGCUGAACAGGAAGCCAGGUUCUCUGCCAUUAUAAAAAAAGAGAUGGAAGGAACCAGUUUCGCAUUUCCAUGGGAUGACGAGUGACAGAGUAUAAUAAAACUUUAGGAGCUCCUCAUCUCACACAGCUGAGAUUUUGGAAACAAAGAAGUUAGAAAACAUUAUUAAAACACCAGUGCUCGCGAAUGAAGUAUAUGGCAAUCAUUCGCCUUGUGUUUGGUAAUGAAAAAAAAAUAAAUAAAUAAGAAUUUUAGUUCUCUAGGUUUCCUAGUUCAAAUGUUGAUUCAUAUGUUUUCACUCCCACAAUCAAAGGUACAUGUAGAAAUCACUAUAAUUAUAUCCACAGUUGCAUAUUGGAAAUUACUCAUUCAGUUCUAUUGAACUCUCAUUUUAAGCCCUCUGGCCUGGCUGCUGCUGAGGUCUGUCAGACACUUUUAGAAUAAUAAUUUAGAUUAGUUAUCCACAUUAGGUAGAUUUAUUAUUGAUAAUUUUGACCUGAUCGCUAUAGGAAUCCUGUACUGAGAUUUACUCAUCUGAACAAUCCUCUGCUGGUACCGCCGCAUGUCACAUCGAACGUUAUGUGCACGUCUCACGAACUGACUAGAUAUCUAUAGUCAUCCCAGAGGUCGCAGGAAUAGCUACUCUUGGGUAUAUCUGUUUACAGCCUAGGGACCCAAGCAGACCAACCUAGCUAUGGCCACAAUAUGGCCACAAUACCAGAGGAAGCCAGCAAGCUGACCAGUGCCCUGAGUGACAAUGCCAGAUGUUAAUCAU